AUGCUGAUUCCACUCGGAGCAAUUACUAUUCUGCUUGCCUGUAUGCCAGGUAGCUAUGGGCUCGAAUCACCAAUAGCCCCAGAUACCCCUCUUUCGUCUUUAAUUGCGUCCGCGAAGACCCAUCUUUCCGGCGGCUCCCCUCGCGACGCUUUGAUUUAUCUCGAUGCUGCCAUCUCGAGAGACCCUACAAACUACCUCACUGUCUUCCAGCGAGGUGCUGCCUAUCUUUCCCUAGGGAAACGCUCGCAGGCCCUCGACGAUUUCGACCGAGUCCUCGAGUUAAAACCGGAUUUCGAAAGCGCGCUGCUGCAAAGAGCCCGCCUUAGAGCCAACUCCGCAGAUUGGUCAGGCGCACUGAACGAUCUGGAGAAGGCUGGCAAAAAGUCUUCCCCCGAAUACAAAGAACUUCAUGAAGCAUCUGGCGCGGCGUCUCGAGCGCAGGAUGCGGAGAAGCAUAGCGCCUGGGAUGCCUGCGUAAGUGAGGCGAGUACUGCAAUCACAAAGGCCAGCGCAUCCCUUCAUCUUCGGCAAACCCGUGCACAUUGCCGUUUCGAAAAGGGGGAAAUAGAAGAAGGAAUCAGCGACCUUGUCCACAGCUUAUACAUAUCGCCAGGCCUGAUAGAGCCGCAUUUGCAGAUAUCUUCAAUGCUCUUUUAUGCCCUCGCGGAUCGUGAACGAGGCGUCGCACAAAUUCGAAAGUGUUUACAUUCGGAUCCAGACUCAAAACCAUGCAAUCGGCUUUACCGGCAGGAAAAACAACUCGCGAAAAAACUCCAGAAAUUAGAUGACGCUAUUGCGGCGCGGAAGUUUAACAAUGCCAUAAAUAUUUUGGUGGGGACCGAAGGCGAGGCCGGUCUCAUCGAUAGUGUUAAAGAGGAUACGGAGCAAGCGAAGGAAGCAGGUCACAUCCACUCUUCGGCUCCAAAGCGGCUUCAUGCGUCGCUGAUUGAGCAGGCUUGCGAGGCCUACAGUCAGGUGCAUAUGUCGAAACGCGCUGCUAUUUACUGUUCCGACGCCCUGGACAUGAAUCCCCAUUCAUUGCCGGCUCUUUUGUUCAAGGGUCAGGUUGCUCUAAACGAAGAUCGGUUCGAUGAGGCCAUACAUCUUCUUAACACUGCCAAGGAACAUCAUCCCGGCUCUAAGGAAGUGCAAAGUCUUUUACAAAAAGCCGCGGUUUUGCAAAAGCGCUCUAAGCAGAAAGAUUACUACAAGGUCCUCGGUGUCAGCAGAGACGCUGACGAACGUACCAUUAAACGGGCGUACCGUCAACUAACAAAACAACACCAUCCUGAUAAGGCCAAGUCCCAGGGAGUCACCAAAGAGGACGCGGAGAAGAAGAUGGCUGCUAUUAAUGAGGCUUAUGAGGUUCUGUCCGACCCUGAGGUUAGGGCACGCUAUGAUAACGGUCACGACCCCAAUGACCCAGAUUCUCAAAGGCAAAAUCCAUUCCAGGGAAGCCCAUUCGGUUCAGGAGGUGGUCAACAGUUCUUUUUCCAGCAAGGGGGUCCGCAGUUCAAGUUUUCUUCUGGCCAGGGAUUUAAUUUCCCAGGUGGAUUUCCGUUUUAA